GGACAAUAUCCAUGCUCGAUUAGUCUGCGGUCAAGAUGUUUCCUCAGUUCGGCCAGACUGGCGGCGCGCGUACCUCACUGGUGGAGUUCAACGCUGGGAAGAUGACUGCCGUCCCAAAGGAACCAGGCAGUACCAAGCUCCUUGUGACUCCCGACAUUCAGAAGGGCAAGAUCGUGCUUGUUCGCGGCGACGAUCAAUUGCUGCACUUUCAGUGGAAGAACCGGACGACUGGUGCCAACGUUGAUGACUACAUUUUGUUCCCCCACGACGCCACAUUCGAAAAAGUGGACACAUCCCGGCCCAACGACCGCGUGUAUAUUUUGCAGUACAAAGCGUCGUCCCGCCGAUUCUUUUACUGGCUGCAGAACAAAGACUCGUCGAAAGAUGCCGAGCUGACGAAGAAAGUCAACGACCUUAUCAACACCGCGGCGCCCCAGGCAACUGGCGGGACUUCCGCACGUACGCCAGGUGGUGGUGCUGCCAGCGGUGGAGGUCAACUGGACCACAACGCAAUCAUGCAAAUGCUAGGCGCCUUGGGCGGAGGCCAGGAAACGACCGGCGGAAACGGUGCACCCAACGCAGUUCAAAUGGCAGAAUUGCAGCAAAUCCUGCAGCAUAUGGGUAUGCCCCAAGGAAGCACCACGAACACGGCAUCCCCCGUGAGCUCCCCCGUGCCACACGACCACGAUAGCGGCCACGAAGACGAGGAUGACGAAGGUCAUGACGAUGUAAACAUGGAAGAACUGAGUGAGGAAGAGCUGCUUCGGCUCGCCAUUGAAGAGAGCAUGCGCGACGUCCAAGAUCCCGACGAAGGAGUUGCGCCCCCUUCCGUUCCUCCCACGGCGGCUUCCAGUGGAGGCAUUCAGCUGGCCGACUUUCAGCGCGCGAUGGCGUUGGCCCAACAACAGCAUGCUCAUCGACCAGUCCACAUUUCCAUGACGCAGCUGCUCCAACAGCCUGCGGUAUUUGAGCUGUUGCAUGACCCCGAAGUCCAAGCGGAACUUUUGCCCCACCUCCCUGAUUCGAUGCAAACCGUGGACGAGCUCCUGGACACGCCUCGCACGCCGCAGCUGCAGCAAUGCAUUGGGGCUUUGGCGCAUGCCCUCAACACGAGCAAUUUCGACGGGAUCUUGUCCAACUUUGGCUUGAACCCCGCGGCAGGACAAGAACACCUCCUUCGUGGCGACGGCAUUCGGGCCUUUCUCGCGGCGAUUCAAGACUGGGCGGCCAAGCAGAACGGUAGUUAGGCCGCGAGAAGCUCCAUCCACCUUUCAACAUGACGAUCUCGACUUGUUUGUUGAUCGCUUCCCACAACUUGAUUGGCUAUAAAACACAAUAUUAAAAUUUCAUAGCAUCAGGA